AUGUCUGCAACCAUCGGUCUCGAGGAUCAAGGUGCCUCGACCCGCAGCCCCGGCAGGGCUCACGGUCUGUUCGCAGAUACUACUCCGCCAUCUCGCCAGCUGCUUCUGGACUGGCUCGACCAGAACGGGGCGUACAUCCACCCCAGCCUGCAGAUUACCGAGAUGGAGGACGGACCAGGCUGGCGGCUGACCUCCAAAGAUAAUAUGGAGGCAUUCGACCUGCUGUUCAGUAUCCCCAAGCCCUCCCUCCUCUCCACUCGCACAUCCUCCCUUCCUCCCCUGACUCUCUCUGAUGGACCCAUAACCAACAUCUCAAUCUUCCAUCUCGCCCUUUGUCUACUGCACGAAUGCCGCCUCGGCCAGCUCUCGCCAUUCUACGGGUACGUGCAGAGCUUGCCGCGGGACACGACUGAGUGUCUCUUACCGAUAUUCUGGCAUUUGACGGAGCUGGCUGGGGAGGAUGGACCGAAAGGUCUGAGAUGGCUUAAAGGGAGCGAGGUGGAGCGAAGGAUGCAGAGCAAGGCAGCGGAGGGUUUGGGGUAUGAUGACCUAGUCAAGUUCUAUACCGCCACGUCUGCCCAUCUCCCUUCUACUUCCACUCACCCGUCCCCAUCUCCUCUCCUCGCCUUCAUCCACACCUACACCCUCAUCCUCACCCGAGCGUUCACUAUCGACCUCUACCGCCCCACCGCCCUCGUCCCCUUCGCGGACAUCCUGAACCACUCGUCCGACCCACAUACCUCGCUCGCGUCCGAUGACUUUGUGUGCCAUCAGUGCGGAUCGAUGGGGCGGUGCAUACACGAUAUCCUCGACCACGAGGGUCUACCAUACCGGCUAAACGGGACGAGCCUGUCCAAGCCGCAAAAGUUCAAGAUGGCGGGUAUGCGGUCAGAGGAGGACGAUACGGUCGAGCUGAGGGCGGAGAGGGAGGUGAAGUGCGGAGAGGAGGUGUGGAACAGUUAUGGCGAGAUUGGGGAUGCGGGACUGUUGGCGGAGUGGGGGUUCCUCGGGGGAGAGUACGCGGGGGAGGGGUUGCUAUGGAGAGCCGAAGAGGUGGAUACGAAGGGCACGGCGUCUCUGGAGAUCUGGGGACGGGUGAUUGGCGUAUAUGCUGGCGAGACUGGCUCUCAGGCGGUGGAUAGCGACCUCGAAAAUCUCUGGGCUGGAGAAGGGGACGAGGAGGACGACGGCCAAGGUCUCAUCUCACCACCAUCGAGCGAUACUGUCGGUCGAUCCAAGCUCAACCUCUCUCUCUCCGGCCAGCUCUCAUUCUCCCUCUUCCUCCUCGUCUACCUUGCCGCCGAUCCACCUGAGGCCGACGACCCGCCAACGGAUAUACUGCACGAUGCCAAGGAAGCAGCGGAGGAGAUUGAGCGGGCGUACGCCGCGGUUGAGGAGCGACUGUCAGCUGAAGAUGCUACACCUGCCAAUGCAGAAUCUCCCGCAGAUCCACCGGCCAAAGCUCUUUCUUCCUCGGCGCUCGAGUGUGUUCAUGGGGUGUUGGACCUUCUCAGGCGGCGGACAAAGGCAAUGUACCGCUCGGACCUGUCAUCGGAUGAGGUACUGCAUCUGCGAGAUAACCUCCCACCCACGAGCAAAUAUACCAGGAUGGCAAUGACGCUCACGGCGGACGAGCGGAGUUUGUUGGCCACGACAAUCAGGAGAUGGGAGGAUCUUGUAUAG